AUGCCUGAUUUCUCCAAUGGUAUUUUCGAAGAGCUGUAUAGAGUUCUACAUGAAAUGCCUACCUCAUCGGAAGAUUCGAAUAUGCCCAUCGCUUCAUCGAUCACAUUAGCCUUCAACACCACGUUUCCUCUUGCCAACACUCUAGAUCAAGAGUACGACUUGCCACAGAACUCUCUUCGCGAUACCAACGAUACAUUAGCCGUCGGCAAACAGCCACAAAUUGAUGUCUCCGCCACUAUCAACAUGUCUAUUCAUGACUCGAACUCUGCGAAGCAGAUGCUCAAACACAAAGGCAAAGCCAUGAGAAUCUUACUUCUCAUUACCAGUUACUACAAAGUUUUUGACGACUUCAUCAAUGAAUCAACCAUUCUAAAGCCAAUUUUCCAGUACACUAUGUUUAUGACAAUCAGAGCCAUCCAUUCCGUGUUCUACCACAAGCUGCUCCUCGUCAGCGUUUGGGUAGAGAAGCAUCUUCGUCAAAAAUUCUCAACCGCUACAGAGAAGACAUUUUCUUGGGAUUUCUGGAGAUACAGCGACAAGAGCAUGUUUUCCAUAAUCAAAAGAAGAGAAAGAGGGCAUAAUACAAGCAAGACCGAGGAUUCUCAAGACCGAGGCACCGACUCUUCCGUCACGCUAUACGAAUCUGACACCACUGGAAAGGAAAUUGGACACAACGAGUGUAGCCCUGAUCACAAAUGCUCACAACCGGCAGCCCAUGAUACGUCGACUUCAGUGACCACCCUGGAUCAUGAUUACCUCGGUCUGCAAGGAGACGUAGCUCUGUCUGAUGACACUGAUCCAGUGUCACACUCUCUUGGCCCAUCAAAUCAAAUAUUCGAAAAGCAACGUCGCAACGAUGAAUUAGAAUUGACGCCUUUACAAUCCGAAUUUGGUUCUGCAGACUUAGCCAGCCUUGUCAACGACAGUGAGGGAAGCAUACGGGCAUCGGAUGCAGAGUCGUCAGUUUCUACGAACAUCCUAGAAGAAGGAUCAACUACAUCGUCAACCCUCACGACAACUGCACAGUCUAGUCAAGAUUACAAAUCUACGACUACAUCGGAGCCAGACCUUUUUGAAAAGGGCGGUACAACCCCUCCGUCAGCCGCUACCGCGACUGUACAGUCUAGUCAAGAUGAUGGACAUACCUCCCUCUCGGAGCCAGACCUUCCCGUAAAGGGCACUGCACCAGCCCCGCCAGCCACUACCGCAACUGCACAGUCUAGUCAAGAUGAUGAGCCCGCCAUCACUUUGGACCCAAAUCUUGAAAAGCACUCUACUUCACCUCCGGCGUCCACGACAAGAAAAGGGCUCACAGAUGAGCUGCUAGAAGCAGCUGGCGCAAGACCUCUCGAUCGACAAGGGUCUGUCAUUGAUAUACCGCCUCAGAAUAAUUCGCCCCUCCCCCCACAUCUUCGGGGCCUUGGAAUGGUGGCUUCACCUAGGCCCAAAAGCCCCGACAAUCGACCUCCAACCCCAUGGGCCACCAUGGGCCAAGAGUUGCCGCCUCCAAGCCCAUCCACUACAACGAGUUUUGCUCUUAUGGCAAUAGGUGCACGCGCACCAAUUGUGGUCGCAUGCAUGGACCUCCUCAAUGGAGGCCAAGAGGGUUCGGGAGACAGAGGGGAGGCGGCGAGCACAGCGGUUGUUGUCUUGAGCGACUGGUCUAAGACCGGCUAG